AUGCUGACUCCGCAAGCACCAGUAGUACCCCGGUGUCCCCCCUGGGCUCCCUCGGGCAUAAACCGACAUCCUACCUACAUAGUCCCGCUCUUCCUCACCGUGAAACCACAGUGGCAAUGUGACCUCUCAUGUUUUGCACUCAAAUUAGCUCACGGGCGUGAGAUCAAGUUGCUACUUGCCGGGGGGCAGGAGACCGAAGCGCUCGCACUCCUUCGCAGCGCGUACGGGAACUUGGAAGUGCGACCUCCUGCGUCAGGGGUCUCACAUUUACGAGUCUUUGCAUACCGGCAAAUAUCCUCCUUAGACAGUUUGGAAUACGUAGAAUUAAAUCAAUUCGUUGGAAGGAAUAGGAUGUGGACUGGUCCAAGUGAAAUUCAAUCAGUGAAAAAUCAGAGGAGUGUACUUCGAUUCUUCAAGGAUCUGCUACAUACUUAA